GGCAGAAAACCCCUGAGGGGACACUCAGACUGGUUUUGAUUGGUCGUGUGAAUGGGUUUGAUCUCUACCUGAACGAGUCAGCUAUUCAGUGGAGCACAGGAUCCAAUCAGGUGCCUGUUUCAGUGUGCAGUGAAAGAUGUCCCCCAGGUACUCGGGUGGCAAACAGGAAAAGAGAACCUGUCUGCUGUUUUGACUGCAUCCCGUGUGCUGAUGGGGAAAUUAGCGAUAAAACUGGUAACUAAAUGUGAGGAUUAUCUAUCCGAGUUCACCGUUAGACGUGAAUCAGUUUGCUUUUCUUCUUCACUGACUCUAGGUUCUCUUCACUGUGAGCGAUGUCCAGUUGAGUUCUGGUCCAAUGUUGAUAGAACUGCCUGCAUCCCUCGCCAGCUGGACUACCUUUCCUUCAAUGAAACUUUGGGCAUUACUUUAACUACAGCAGCUGUGUCUGGUGCCAUUGUGACAACAGCUGUGUUUGUGGUUUUUCUGUAUUACCGUCAAACACCUUUGGUGAGAAGCCAGCUUAAUGUAACAGGGUGUUUGUGGUUUGCAUUCUUUCUUUCAUGUUUCUUUCUGUCAUUAUUUUGCCACAUCAAGGUACGAGCCAAUAAUUCAGAGCUGAGCUUCCUGCUUCUCCUGUCACUCAAGCUCUGCUUCCUGUGCUCACUGGUGUUCAUCGGUCGUCCAUCAGUCUGGUCGUGUCGGUUCCAGCAGGCUGCAUUUGGGAUCAGCUUUGUACUUUGUGUUUCCUGCCUCUUGGUAAAAACCAUUGUGGUUCUGGCUGUUUUCCGCUCAGCUCGACCUGGAGCCGAAGGUUUGAUGAAGUGGUUUGGUCCGGGCCAACAGAGAGGAAGUAUCUGCUUCUUUACAUGUGUACAGGUUGUCAUCUGUGCCAUUUGGCUGUCCCUCAGCCCCCCAAUGCCUCAACGUGAUCUGGGUUUCAGAGGGUCAAAGGUCACUGUGGAGUGCGCCAUGGAAUCUGUGGCGGGUUUCUCUCUGGUUCUGGGCUACAUCGGCCUGCUGGCCUGCACCUGCCUCCUCUUGGCCUUUCUUGCUCGGAAACUCCCAGAUAAUUUCAAUGAAGCCAAACUGAUCACCUUCAGCAUGCUGAUUUUCUGUGCAGUCUGGGUGACCUUUGUGCCUGCUUAUGUCAGCUCUCCUGGGAAAUAUGUUGUCGCUGUGGAAAUUUUUGCAAUUCUUGCCUCCAGUUAUGGUUUACUGCUCUGCAUUUUUGCCCCAAAAUGUUUUAUUAUUCUUUUGAGGCCUGAGAAAAACACAAAGAAACACUUGAUGGCAAGAUAGUUUUUCUGGCUUCAGUUCAAACGUGACUCUUUACCAUCUUCAUCAGCUCUAGACAAUUCCAACUCCUCUAUGUAAUACUUUCAGCAGCUAUUGUACAAGACACAAGUUGCCCAGCCAGGCCCUGUACCACACAUAGUUACAGCUUUUAUUACUGACUGAAUAAUUAAGAGCAUUUCUGCUGUUGUUAGAUUUUAAAUGCUACCAUAAUACCAUCCUCUGAAGAAAACGUGCAUUUAAAUGUAAUGCUGCUAUUCAAAUUGUACUUUACAUCAUUGUGGAUAGUUUUUUCCCCCUGUCUCUCAGCUAAAUAUAACUAUGCCAGUUUCUCUGAAAACAUCCAUCCAUUCUCUAUACACCGCUUUAUCCUCAUUAGGGUCGCGGGGGGUGCUGGAGCCUAUCCUAGCUCACUCGGGCGAAGACAGGGGACACCCUGAACAGGUGGCCAGUCUGUCGCAGGGCUACAUAUACAGACAAACAAUCACACACACAUUCACACCUAUGGGCAAUUUAGAGUAACCAAUUAACCUCAGCGUAUUUUUGGACUGUGGGAGGAAGCCGGAGUACCCGGAGAAAACCCACACAUGCACAGGGAGAACAUGCAAACUCCAUGCAGAAAGAUCCCAGGCCCAUUCUCUGAAAACAAAAUUUUGAAAAUCAUGUAAAUGUCCUCCAUAUAAUGCUUUUUGAAUAAAUUCAAAGUAAAUACUAAA